CAGCAGAAUAGAGUUGUGAUGAUUUUGUUCUUAAAGGUGGAUGUGAUGGUGUGCGGAGAGUGACGGAGGUCAUGCCUCAUCUCAGGUGUUCAGAAGCAACGCUUUUACUCUUCACAUUUGCGCAUCUCACUGCAGCCUUAAAGUGUGUGUGCCAGCUGUGUGUGAACCACACCUGUGAGACGGAGGCCGACGGCGCAUGCUGGAACUCUGUGAUGUUAAUAAAUGGGAGGGAGGAGGCAGUGAAGUCCUGCAUGUCUGCGUCUGAGCUGAAGGGACAGGUGUUCUGCUACAGCUCCAAAAAUGUUUCCAAACGCAACUGCUGCUUCACGGACUUCUGCAACAAUGAGACGCUGCACCUCUAUACAGGGCGGUCAUCAGAGGGCUCUGGUUGGACUCAGCUGGAGUUGGCAGCAGUGAUUCUCGUGCCGUCGUGCCUGCUCUGUGUGUGUGUGGUUCUGGGAGUGUGUGCGAUUCAGAACCUGCGCUGCACACACAUAAAAGCUCAGAAACAGGAUCCAGAAGAAGUGCUGGAUGACCAGACUCUAGUGUCAGCUGAAAAAUGCCUGAAAGAACUCAUCUAUGACAUGAGCACCUCUGGCUCAGGAUCAGGAUUGCCACUGUUGGUCCAGAGAACGAUUGCUCGGACUAUCGUGCUGCAGGAGAGCAUCGGAAAGGGGCGCUUCGGGGAGGUGUGGAAGGGCAAAUGGAGGGGGGAGGACGUCGCUGUGAAGAUCUUCUCCUCACGAGACGAACGCUCCUGGUUCCGUGAGGCGGAGAUUUAUCAGACCAUCAUGUUACGGCACGAGAAUAUUCUUGGGUUCAUCGCCGCAGAUAACAAAGAUAAUGGCUCGUGGACACAGCUGUGGUUGGUGUCAGAGUAUCAUGAGCAUGGGUCGCUCUUCGAUUAUCUGAACAGAUACACGGUAUCAGUGGAGGGCAUGAUUGUUCUGGCACUGUCCAUUGCCAGCGGGAUCGCACACCUGCACAUGGAGAUCAUAGGCACUCAAGGGAAGCCCGCCAUCGCUCACAGAGACAUCAAAUCAAAGAACAUCCUGGUGAAGAUGAACGGGACAGCUGUGAUUGCUGAUCUUGGUCUGGCCGUCAAACAUGACUCCAACACCAACAUCAUUGACAUUCCCAUCAACCAUAGAGUGGGCACCAAGAGGUACAUGGCACCUGAGAUCUUGGAUGACUCUAUAAACAUGAGCAGCUUCGAGUCGUUUAAGCGAGCUGAUAUCUACUCACAGGGUCUGGUGUUCUGGGAACUCGCUCGCAGAUGUUCCUUCCGAGGGAUUCAUGAAGAUUUCCAGUUGCCUUAUUACGAUCAGGUGCCAUCAGACCCAUCGGUGGAGGACAUGAGGAAGGUGGUGUGUGAACAGAAACUGCGACCCAACAUUCCCAACCAGUGGCAGAGCUGUGAGGCUCUAAGGGUUAUUGGUAAGAUCAUGCGGGAGUGCUGGUACGCCAAUCCAGCUGCUCGCCUGACGGCACUGCGCAUCAAGAAGACCUUAUCUCAGGUGACCGUUGUCAAGGAUGUUAAAGAAUAACACAACGGCCUGAUGUCAGGUGGCAGCGUUAAUGGGACAUUUUAUAUGCUCUAAAAUCUGUGAUGCCAAAGAUUCAUGUAGUUUAGGGUGGAAAUUCUGUCCUGUAAUGACACUGCAUUGACAGAAUGAAUGAAUGGAUGAAUGAAUGAAUAAUAAUGUGUUUAGUUUCUUAGCCUGUAGAUGGCGAUAGAUGUGUAAAGAUAUACUGCUACCUCAGCCCUUCCUGUAAGUGCCAAUUGCUUCGAGUUGAACAUUUUGCUUUGUGCCAUAAGUGUUUUGUUUGGUGUCAUUUAUAAAUGCGUAUUUGUGUGUAUGUACAUAUAACAUAUGCUAUAUAUUGUUACUGUUCCAGUUCAAACAAUUGAAAAGAAAUCAGAUUAACUUUAGGAAUAACGUCAAUCAAAAAGAUGAAAUGGUGUUUAAAAACGUAUGUUUUUUAUAAAUGGUCAAGGAUACAUUAAAUGUAUAUAGGGACCCCAAGAGAGGACCAAAAAUGAAAAACAGGAUUUAUUUUUGUUGUAUUUCCAAAGAACACAGGCUGCUGUUUGACGUCUGAAAAUGUAAUGUGGUCUGCAAGGAAAUGGGUGUCUUUUAGCCCUGGCUUCGUGCAGGUUGUGGUUUCCUUACAGUUACUGGAGGAUAUUUUUCAACUGUUUUAAACGCUUUUGAUUGCACUGUGUAGCUGUAGAAACAUGUAAGGAUGAUUUCCUGUAAACCUUGUUAUUUCUGAAUGUGAAGGAACUAGUGUUUUGCUUAUGUGCUGAUGUCUGGGACAAACCCUAUCGUCUGUUUCAUGGCUGCUAUAUGCAGAGAGAAAACAGUGCAACUGAUCAUCCAAAGCCUUUUAACCAGACGCUGCAUCUAGAGGACUUCAGAAUGCCAUUGUGAAAUGUAUGACUGUGAAUAAUGUGUAUAUUUUGUAGCAUAUUAAUACUCAAGUUGAAAUUGUACUCUAUUGCACUAUACAAAGCUCCAAGCUGCUGAAGUGAAUGGCAGUCAACACUCAACCAACGUGAAAUGCAUUUUGCAACUAUUUAAAUAGCCUCACAUAUGAUCUAUUGUAACAAUAACAAUCUAUCUGAAACCAAACAUAACAUCUUGUGUAAAUACAUGAGUAAAUUAACCAUGAGAGUAUAUUAUUUGUUGAAAGUAAGUAGUUGUAAUACAAAGUUACAAUGUUGAUAUGAACUGUAAUGUUCCGGUACAUAUAGAGUUCUCCUUUCUGAACAGUGUUAUGUGGCAUAUGCUUGUAAGUGACAUCAAUUCAACUGUCUAAUUUGCUUUAAAUUGCCUCUGUCGAUGUGACACUAACAAAGCCUGUUUGGAUGAGUCCAAUUCUGCCUAAUGUAAUGAGAAUAACUUAUUAUCAGAACCAAAUGAAGUAUGAUGCAUAUAAUGAAUGUUCAGUUUUAGUCUUUAUACUUGUUUCAGACAAUAGUAUUGUCUAUAGACAAUAGAGUGCUUGCCAUAAACAUGCAAAUUCAAUGUCGAUUCAAACAUGUUCAUUCAGUCUGAACCAAAGAGACAGUGUUAUGAUUCAUUUUUCACAGUCCAGUUUUCUCUAAUCUUAGAUGAAGUCUUGAGGAGAUGUUUAAGGUCAGAAAAAAUUGUAACAUGCUCCAUUACUAAGGAGAGAUGGCUAGUUUUGUGACAUGCUAAAGCUUUUUAUAUAUGUAAUGCAGCACUGCCAAUUUCCUUUGUGAUAAACGGAAUACUCCAGAUUAUGUAUUGCGUAUUAAACAACCUGGUCUCAUAGAGUCAAGCUACUAUUCGUACUUUUUAGCUAAAUAAUUUUUACGUGGCUCAUUGGACGUAUCGCAGCAGUUUCCUGGUGAAAUGAACAACUACAGUUACAGCCACAAUGACUUUUAUUCACUUUCACACAAAUCACGAGUAAAACGACAGAUUAUCUGUUCAUAAACACUUAUUUUUUGCACUGUUUCCCACAGAAUGUUAUAUAUGUCAAAACUUUUACUACUUUAAAUUUUAUUAAUUGCUUUUUA